UCUCGCAAUCAUAACACAAUAUUUUUUCAUUAGAAUUAGAAGAAUUAAGUUCGUGCAAAGCGAAAGUGUGUGAUUCUAGAAUAUCGUAAAAAAUAAUUGCAUAAGUUCAUUGUUAAAUUAAUAAAAAAAAAAUAACUAAGAAACUUAAUACGAAACCAAGCGCAAUGGAAAAAAGAUUGAAAAAUUAAAAUUUACAAAAAAAGGGAACAAAGAACUAUGAAAAGGCGUUCCUCCUUGAAAACUCAAACUGAAAAUCCUUGAAACUCAAAAACUACAUUUUGAAAAUUAAUAUGAACAACGAAUUUUUUACGUGGUUUAAAUAACUUUUUGUUUUCUUAUUGUUGUGGUUUUCAUUAAAUCCAAGGAUAUAAUGCGUUGAAAAACUCCUUAAGGGCUAUCUAUUCAUUUCAUAUACCAAAGGCGGACAGGAUUUUCGUAACGAUGUGUGAAGCAAUAACAAAUGGUUGUGGAGGAAGGUUGGCGUUAGGUUCAAUUGUUUUAAUACAUCUUAUUAUCUACAAUGAAUCACCUGGUCCAACAGUUGUUCUUGCAACAAUAUUUGCAUCAGUAUAUGGAUUUAUUUCUGCUUCAUGUAAAAAUAGUCUAAGACCACUUCAAAUGCCUUAUAUUAGAGCUAGCAAUAAGUUUGAUUUUACGUGCCUAUUUCUGGCUACAUGGAUGGAUAUAUUACCCAUUUUAGCUGCUUGUGGAGCACUGGCUCGUACUUUAAGUGCUUGCUUGGAUGAAUUGAUGGGAGGCUUAGCCAGAAUUUUAAUAUUAGGAAGAAAUUCAUCAGAAAAUGAACCAUGGCCGGAUGUUUUAGGUGUAGCAGUAGUAUUUUUGGUAACUGGAAUGUUUAUGCUUGGCUUAGAGAAUACAAAAGCUUUUAGCUUUAUAAUGACACUUGGAAUGCUCGGAAUCAAUGGAAUUCUAAGUAUUGUUGGCUGGUAUAGUGGUAACUCAAAGGAAUGGGAUGGUGAGGAAUUACUUCCAAAUGGAUCGAGUAACUUCCUUAAAGCAGCCGCCUUGAUAGCGUUUGCAUAUCCCAGUGAUUUUUCAAGUAAAUCGAGAUAUCAAAGAUUUUCUGGACUUCUAUUUGUUCUAUUUGUUUGUGGAUCAAUUCUCUUAUCAGCUGGUUGCUUAUCAACUAUUGUUCAUGCUAAGACAACUGACGAAUAUAUUGCUGUGCCGUUAUUUAAAAUUUUAGAGGAAAAUGGUUUUCAAAAACUUAUCCAAGCCGCUGCGUGCCUUUUAUUGCUAACGUGUUCUGGUUCUUUUUUAGAACUUUUUCCAGAAAUGUACAGUAUUAUUGUUCGAUUUGCCAAAUCGGAAUGGAAAAUUUUAUCAAGGCAAAUAAGUUAUGAGAGUUCGGAUAGUGGUAAUCCAGUAUUAGCUGUUUUUAUUGCAGGUAGCUUGUGUGCAAUGGUAGCAUUUGCUUGCCCUUUGCAAAAUCUAACAUAUAUUUUGGCUGCCGGACAUCUUUGCGCUGGACUUUUCCGUGCUUUUUAUUUAUUAUACUCACCAUUUCGGCCUAAAUACGUUCAGCAAAGUAGCGAUUCCUCACUUUCAUAUAGUCGUUUGUCAACAGCUCCAAUAGUAAAAAGUAAUACAGCACGAAGAAGAAGCCUAUGGAACAUAAAUUUUCCAAUUCAAGGAAAUUUAAAAAAGACCAAAACGAAAUCGAAUAAGAAUAAGCGUGAAGUUGAAAAGGAAUGGUUACUUUUGGGUGAACCAUCAUCACCUUGUCCAGUUCGAGAUAAUCCAGAUAUUGAGUCAACUAUCUUAUCUGAUGGAGAACCACCGCCAUCGGAUUUUGAAUACGCAGAAAAGUUCGAAUCUUCAGAAUCAGACACUUCAACGGAUAUUGAUGCAAUUGUAGACGAAUACCGACAAAAAAUUAAGGUUACAACUGCUGGCCCAAUGGAACGAAGUAUUCGGGUGCCUUCACUUGCCUCUUGGAGAGUUACAAUUUUCGCAAUUAUAGUAAUUAUCUUUGGAAUAUCCUUGACAAUUGUUGGAGUUUUCACACACCUUUUUCCAAUGUUUGUCACUGGUAUAAUUGGUAUUUCCAUAGUCAGUAUUAUGAUGUCGUUUAUUCCAAAGUACACAGCAAGUGUAAUUAAUGUGUCUCCAGUUAUGUGCACCACAUCAUUUGCAAUUGGAUCUCUUCUAUUCUCAUCAUGCCUUGAGUAUUCUUGGCCAGCAAUUGUUCUAUGGGCUUUAGCUGGCUUGAUUCUUGUAUUUCGAUGUGAUAACUGGUGUUGUUAUUGUUUUGAUGGAGAAUCAAUGAAUGACGAAUUAAUACCAAGUGUUUCGGGUAAGACUACAAUUCGAAUGCCACGAGGAAAUAGAUGACAUUCAGAUACCUCGGAAGAUGAUUUUUCUAAUGAAAGAGGUAGUGGUGACGAAUGGACUGACCAAUUAAGAGAAUUAAUAUAAUUUUAUGUUUAUUAUACGGUAUUAUAAUAAUUAUUGAUGAUAAUUAAGAUGCAGUGAGAUUUGUGAUUUAAAGUGAAAAAAGAAAGAAAAUCCUUACAAAAACUAUAUAAAGCUUGCAAAGUUCAAAAAUCAUUGAAGCCUAAAAUUUUAAACUUUAAAAGUUCCACAAUGCUUAAUUUAUAUAUACAUACUGAAGUUGACGAAUGGAAUGAUUGUGAAAUUAUUUAUUUUAAAAUCAUAAUUACAUAUACGGAUUUUAUGGAAGAAAAUGCAUUCAACUUCCUCAUUAUAUUACGGCACGUUUUGAAACAAUUACAUAUAUAUUAAAUUUAAAAAUAUCAACUUCACAAGAGGAAAUAUUUAAAGAAGGUGUUAUAAAGUAUUUUUUAAUAAUUGAUAUAGUUAGGAAAGGUAUGUAUAGUGUAAACAUAACUUAAAAUAUCAUAAAAUUAGUUUUUGCAAACAAAAAAUAAAAAAAAAUUUAAAAAAAACAUCACUGGACAAAAAUAAAAAUUAUAUUUUAUAAGAUUUCUCCGUCCUCCGAUAAAAAUUAGCAUUUAGGAUAUGUACUUAUUUAAUCGAUAAUGAUUAGGAAAUUAUUAUUAUUUUUUUAAAUAACUAUAGCCACUGCGAUUUGAAUAAAAUAUUUAAAAAAUAGUAUAAUAUGCAUUAAUCAAAAGUAUGUAUAUGCCGUACAUUCACCGUUUGUCUUUAUAAAAAUGUACCUUCCUAUAUAUUGAAGUAAAAUAAAAUAA